AUGGCUGACGUUUUCCUUGCCGACUCAAGACUGAUCACAUUACUCGGAUUUAAAUUUACCAUUACUGAAUUACAAAACCUAGAAAAAAAAAGAAAAUUAUUUAAAAACUUUUCGAACAAGACUUAUUUACAUGUUACCACCAAAUGGGGGAAAAAAAACGAAAGAAAAAUUACACAAAAAAGUUUCAAAUACGGUAUGGAAAAAGUGAAAGAUGAUCGGGAUGAAAAAAAAGAAGAAGAAUCGGCGUGGAGAAUUUUUUUUAAAGAGAAAAAGGAGAAAGCGGAGGUGGAAGAGGGGGCACGGCAGAGGUAUAAAACCACCGUGCACGAUCCAUCAUCGGUGAAGAAAAGAAAAAGGAGAGCCGACAACAGAGGGACCAAAGGACAAGAAGGGAAUUCAAUUGCAGUUUAUGCCCGAGGUUGUAUUGGCUUAUUUCGGUUCCCUUUAUACAAACAAACACAAAGAUUUACGUAUAUGAAUAAAAUGAAUGAGGGGGGCGAGGGGAGAGCAGGUCUGAAAUUAGUAGCUCCAAGGUAUUUGUUUGAUGUUACAGACAGAGAUUUUAUUAAUUUUAACUUUGUAAUAUUAUCUGACGUUUGUGAAUUUAUUAAAAUUUGCUCCUGUUCUGAUAACGUCAUAAAAUGUCGAAAAAAAUGA